AUGAGAAAAGAGGAGCGAAUCAAAGCAGGAAUAAGGUUACAAGGACCAUCAUCUACGUUAAAGAAGAAUUCUAUAUUUGAAAACACGCUCUUAAACCCCAAAAAUAUUUCUGCUGAUAUCGUGAAAAAAGAACUGUAUGAACAUGGAUACCGUUCUAUCAAGCCUCUGGGCGAGGGAGCCUACGCCAAAGUAAGACUUGCUGAAGUCAUACCUAGCAAACUAGCUCGUAACGACGUUAUAGCACAUCAGGCGGGGGAUGCUAGAGUUUUCCUGGUUGCAAUUAAAGUUAUCGACAAACAAACGGUGGCCAAAGAAUUCAUGCAGAAAUUUCUUCCGAGAGAAUUGGAGAAUCAUUCUAAAUUACAACCACAUAAAAAUGUGGUAAGAGUGCAUGAGAUUAUCCAGACUCAUCAUAAUGUCUACAUAGUAAUGGAAUACUGCCCCAAUGGAGAUCUAUUGGACCUUAUUAAUCGACACAUCGGAGAAAAUAAAAAAGGGAUCGGCGAGGAAAUGGCUAGAAAACUUUUCCGUCAGCUAUGUAGUGCAGUGCAGCAUAUCCAUAAUGCUGGCAUCGUUCACAGAGAUCUAAAAUGUGAAAACAUAUUACUUGAUGAAAACCAUGAACUUAAGAUAACCGAUUUUGGUUUUUCUCGAAAUUGCAAUGGAAGGACUACAAUGUUAAAAACGUCCUGUGGGUCAUAUGCAUACACUGCACCGGAAGUUAUUAAAAGGGGCACAUAUGAUGGAUUUCAGUCCGAUAUAUGGAGCUUAGGAAUAGUUUUGUUUGCCAUGGUUAAUGGUCGUCUGCCAUUCAAUGACUCAAAACUUCAAGAAAUGGAGGAAGAAAUGAAGAUGCAGAGACUACGAUUUGAACGAAAUAUUUCCUUCGAUUGCAUCGCAUUGAUAAGAAGAUUACUGCAAUAUUCACCUUGUUAUCGCCCUUCAAUUGGAGAGGUACAGGAGGAUUCAUGGUUAACCGGCAAAAAUUCGAAUCCCAAACAACCUAAUCAUCGGAAAGGGGAUGAUAAGGUUUCACCGAAUGUUACACAAAAAAUAAAGCAAUCCAGCACAGAAGGUUAUACGGGAAUAGGUCCAGUGCAGAAUUCUCAUCCUGCCUGCUUCAAAACUACUGUAUCCGCCAAACAAACAACUGUGACAGGGACGGUGACCCUGAACUAUGAUGCAGGGGAGACUGUCACCCUCAAAAGUCGUAAACAUUACAACCCCAAACGUCCAAAUACAUGGCCGAUGACACCUAAAGCUACAACCACUUUAUUGCCUUAUCCUCAAGAAGCAUCUUCACAGAGACAGAGGACGAAGGUCAUUCAUACUCACACAGAUGCUAGACAGUUGGUUCACACUAUGUUGGUGAAGAAACUUCAAGAAGGAGAGAUGACUAUUGCAGAUAACAGAGAACUUACAAAACAAAUACCACUCUGGUUAUUAAAGAAAAUGCUAGAGUCGGAUAGAGAAGCUGACUACGGCGAAGAAAUUACAUCAGCGAAAGGUUUAGCUAAUACGGAUAAAACGGGUAUCAAUAAAAAACAACUCUUCGUGAAACAAUGGGGAGAAAAACCGUUUCUUGGAAGAAAACAGCCAACAUAUCCUGUCAAAAGUAAUCCAAAGAAGAAAGUUCCAUGUCCUGACUGCACAUCUUAUGAAAAAAAGGCCCCAGCUUCUGAUGUAUCCUCGUCUACAGCACAGGUAGUUCAUAUCCCACGCCAAAACAGUCACAAGAGUCCUAAACUUCCAACAGAGAGGUCUACACUUCCUUCUCCCGCAAAAAAAAUUAAUGACAUCUGCAAAGAUAAUACUGUUGGUAAAACGGCUGAAGACAACGUUGAAUUUUCUCAAGAAUAUAGAGACAAAAAGAAGACACCAGAUCUUCUGCCGGAGAGAAAAGAGCCAGCUAAUGUUGGGAUCAAAAAUCAUUACAGAACUCUUGCAGAGAACACCAAGAGUAACGGGGAAAAAAUGAUUGGACAGUAUGAAAAGGCGAUAUAUGGAGACUUGCAGUGCAGUUUUGAGAAAAUAAAUGCUUCUUGCCGCUUAAAAUUGAACCCAAAUCCUCCGACUACAACUAGGAGAUCGUGUGCACAAGGGGAAAAAGUUAUGAGUAAUAAAACUGCGUCUCUUUCAUCAAAACCAGUAGCACCAUCUGUUAAGCACAGAACUGUUAUUCAUAGUGCUUAGAAUUUAAUAGUUAUAAUUUAUGGAACCUAUUGGUAUAUCAGUUUGUUCUUUUCAAAUAAAGUCGGGGCAGUUUUGCUGAUUUU